AUGGAUUCAAAAAAGAACUUGGACGCUGAAGACUCGCAAGCGUCGACUUCAGAAAAUAAAAAUCAAAAACCAGACGGUGAUUCCCAAACAUCGCUAGGACCGCCUCCGCGUCCUGCUAUCAGCAGUGCUGCUGAUACACCGGACUACUUCAACUCAGUGCACAACCCUUUCUCCCUGGAACCGAAUCCCUUCGAACAAUCCUUUGGCGGCGGCGGUAACGGCGGUGGUGCCUCGGGGGAAACACCGGGAAAGUCGAUCCUUCCUCCCGUAGCCUCUCUGACGUCUCCUGCCCUGCCCGGUAAUAACUCUGCCGGUGGUGGGUAUAACUGGUCCAAUUCGCUCCGCUCUGGGCCUUUGAGCCCGGCUAUGCUCGCCGGUCCGACGAGCACCAACGACUACUUCGACAGCAUCGGUCGAGGCUUCCCCACCCCCAACGAAUCCUCACUGCGCACCGGGUUAACGCCAGGCGGUGGCGGUUCCAUGUUCCCAGCCCCCAGCCCCAACUCGCAGGCGCUUCUCCAGCAGUUGCAAAGCGGGGGUGCGACCCCAUCGACCAUCGAGUUCCACCGGACCGCCCUGAACGCCGCGAAGAAGAACAACGCGAACGGCCCGACCUCGAACCCGACCUCCGAACCCGACCCGGGCAGCCAAGGCGCCAACAACAUGGAUGUGAAACCGAACGCGGCGGCGGGAGGCGAUCCGUUCGGCCACCAUGAUGCGGCUGAUGCGGCCAACGGGUUGUUUAUGCUCGCGAAAGGCGGCCAACCAACCUCGAACCAAUUUUCUACGUCCAACCCAACCUCCGUCCCGCCGCAGAGUGUCCAGGUCAAUGAGCCGGACACCGGUGUCCAGAAUGCCAAUGGUUCGGCGCAUGCGGGCCGCGAGAUGAGCGGCAAUCUCUCGGAAGAGCUGACGAAGCCGACGACCAAGGGCAAGGGCAAGAAGAAUGCCUCGGCGAAAGGGGCUGGCGCCGCCAAUAACAGGCGCAAAGCUGAAGAUCCCGUCACCAAGGGAGCCAACAAGAAGUCGAAACUCAACAGUGGGUCCGGCAGCAUGGAGCCGCCUUCGGAUUUCGAUUAUUCGGACAUGGAAGACGACAAGAAGAGGAUGCCGGGCGAUACCAAGAAGAUGACCGAUGAAGAAAAGCGAAAGAACUUCCUCGAGAGAAACCGGGUCGCGGCACUCAAGUGUCGGCAGCGCAAGAAGCAGUGGCUUGCCAACCUGCAAGCGAAGGUGGAACUGUUCACGUCCGAGAAUGAUGCGCUCACGGCGACCGUCACUCAACUGCGCGAGGAGAUUGUCAAUCUCAAAACCAUGUUGCUCGCCCACAAGGAUUGCCCGGUUUCGCAGGCUCAGGGCCUUGGCUCGAUGAUGAUGAACGGUAUCCCGCCCGGCUACGAGACACAUCCUUACAACAUGGGAAUGCAACCGGGCGCUAUUCCCGCGCAAGGAAUGCGGCGAGCGUAA